GGAAGCGGUUUGUAGCCCACUGUCAAUCCUAUUCAAGUCAGUUUAGAGUUAGCGUUUUGUUUUGCUUGGUAGGUUGCUUCAGUGGCCUCAAGUUGAAAUCGAGCGUGUAAAGUGAACGUCUUGUGUACUCUGUCCCGAUAGAAGAUGGAGGAAUUCGACGAAGAAAGGACAUGGGAGGAAGGCGACGCCGAUUCGCCUCUGGGUGAAGAUCAGGAGGCUCUUGUCGAGGGAAUUCAACAGGAAUGCAUCGAGAAGUUCAGCAGCCUCGACUUCAUAAUGGAGCCCGGCAUCUUCGUCCAGCUGAAGCGCUACUUCCAGGCGGGGGGCAACCCGGAGCAAGUCGUCGACCUGCUGCUAGAAAACUACCAGGCGGUCGCCCAGACGGCUAACCUGCUGGCCGAAUGGCUCAUCAUGGCAGGGAUGAAGAUCACCGAGGUUCAGGGCCUGGUGGAGGACCACCUGAAGCAGAUGAUCCUGAAGCACUUUGACCCCAAGAAGGCGGACUCCAUCUUCAAUGAUGAGGGUGAAACGCCUGCCUGGCUGACGGAGAUGAUUGAACACCCCACAUGGCGUUCGCUCAUUUACAAGCUGGCCGAGGAGUACCCCGACUGCCUCAUGCUCAACUUCACAAUCAAGCUCAUCUCCGACGCUGGAUUUCAGGCUGAAAUCACAUCCAUCUCAACAGCAUCGCAACAGCUGGAGGUGUUCUCGCGUGUGCUUCGAGCGGCCACGGACAACUUCCUCGAGGGAGGCGAGGAGCGCAUGAGCCAAAAUCUGUCAGAGCUUACACGCAUGGUUUGCCAUGGCGAGCACACCUAUCUGUACAGCCAGUCCGUGCUGCACACGCUUGCACAGGAGCCCCGUGGUGGUUCUAACGUGAAGCGGCUCGCUCAAGAGAUCAGCCGGUAUGCACAGCGCACGGGUCACGACCCAACACCUAUCACGAUGGCACUGAACGGUGCCGCAGCCUACCCGCGGGCCUGCCAGGCCUUGUCGGCCAUGCUGUCGCGUGAUGCACUGAACCCGGCUGACGUGACAGUGCUGCACAAGAUGUACCAGGCACCCGACCCGCCACCCGUCGAGCUGCUGCGCGAGCCACACUUCUUGGACCUGCUACUGGAUGCGCUGUUCCGGCCAGGCUCACGGCUCAACCCAGAGCAUCGACCGAAGUACGUGUACCUGCUUGCCUAUGCGGGAAGCGUGUACGAGACACGUCGCAAGGGGGUGCGCAAGUCCUUGAAUCGGGACGAGCUGCGUGCCACGCAGCAGGCAGUGGAGAAGGUGCACAUGCUGUGCCAGGAGCGCCGUGGCUCAUCAGAGCUGGUGCCCGAGCUGGGGCCACUGUUCCAGGCAAUGCGCUACCCCGUGGUGGCCCUGGGAGUGGUGCACUGGGUGGAGCACACCGUGUCCGACUCCUCCUACUUCAAGCUGAGCACAGAGCACACGCCGCUGCACCUGGCAUUGCUCGACGAGGUGGUCGUCUGCCAUACCACCCUGCACCAGAAGGUGCUCGACCUUCUGGUGCGACUCUUUGAAUCCCCACCACACGAGGAGCUCGAUGUGCUGGUUCAGCUGGAGCGACGCAAGAUGCUCUUAGACCGCAUGGUGCACCUGCUGAGUCGUGGGUGCGUCGUGCCAGUUGUCAGUUACGUCCGGGCCUGCUGGGAGCGGCAGGACACGGACGUGUCUCUCAUCCGUUACUUUGUCACCGAGGUGCUGGAUGUCAUCGCACCCCCGUACACGCCCGAGUUCGUCCAGCUGUUCCUGCCCCUGGCGGAGAGCGAGGAGAUCACGGGCGGCCUGCGCGGUGCGGCCGCGACCGCAGAAAGCAGCGGCGCUUCUGGCGGAGGAGGCGGCAGUGGUGAGGGAGACGCAGUCUCUGAGUUUGUGGUGCAUUGCAAGGCAAACUACAUUGUCAUGAGCUGAGCACUGCCAUUCUUUUGUGCACGUAUUUCACUUCCCCUUCAGAGAUGGCAUGGUGGCUUUCCUGCAAUGUGUCGCUGCAGAGAACAUGGCGCACAGGACGUCGUUAGAAUCUCAGUUGUGAGCACAGUUCAUAAGGUUUUUGCGCAUGCAGCCAGUGUGUACUAUCGGAAAUUAUUUUCCAUGCACUCUCCAACAUCCUCACUCUUAGUGCUGACAUUGAUAGAGGGUCGUGGUGCCAUGUUUAGGGCAGUGAUACUUUGCCAGAGAGCCAACAUUGCACUUUUAAAAGAGUGUGCAUAUAUUCAGUGGCAGUAAGCUGUCUCUGUCCUGCUGCCUUUUUCUGUGAUGAAUGCAACACAGGCAGUGUUGCACAGUUGGGAAGGGACUGUUCCCCUGUAAAGGAAUGGAGGCACCAUUUUUUAGUCGAGUUCCCCGUUUCCCCAUCUUUCAUCAGGUUUAUGUACAUACAUGUUUGUCUUUAGCUGGUGUUUCAGCUAAGGCAUCUGAAAGUCCUUAAAGAUAAAGGAGUCUAUAUAUUCGAGUGAUCUUCUAAAGCGGAGCUGUUAAGGAAAUUCCGGCACAGUUUUUGGGUGCAAACAUGGUGCAAACAAUGUGAGCCUGAAAACAGCCCGCAUUGCAGCCUGUAUUGGAAAUUGCAGCGUAGCAUGAAACCGUAGCGGCCAUAUGACCGGGGCAUCGGUGACAACACGCAGCCAAAUGCCAACAUUGAUGAUGAAUUGUCGCUAAGAACAGCCAGCAAUGCUGAUCCGAAGCGACUGUAUAACCAGGGGAUCGGGACGUGCUUCCAGACGCUGGCAUCACGUAUUGCAGGAAGUAUAGAUGCUUGGAUAUAGUGUAGCAUUUGAAAAAGCUUUAGUAUAGUGAAAGAAUUGCACCGGAUAUAGUGAUGCACUUGAAAGUCUUGGAUAGGCUUAAGUCAAUGCCAAAUCAGACCUCUAGGACUUCCGAAAGGCGUGAGAAGUCCCUUAUACAGGCUUGCUGUCUUUGAUGUACGAACUACUCUGAUUUGCGUAAAUCUGUGAAGGUUUUUGUGUUAUGGAUGUGCCUAACUACAGUGACAACUGUUAAUUAUGCAUCAAUUUACUCAUUUGAGGUGCUCAUUAACAAGAUCUUAGGUUAACCUUUUAUUUAGGGCAGGUAUGCAGCCUGUAGGAGCAUCUGAGGUGCUUGCAUGAUGAGAACUAGGUAAUGCUCCUCUGAAUGUUUCCGGGCUUGUAUACCAAGUGAGCAUACUUUGCCUGACAAGGAAUAGCAUGCUUUGCAACAGCGCAAGAUACUAGUCUGCUAGCAGUGGCACAACACACAUCACUGCAUGGUAGCUGUGCUCUUGAUGUGUUCAGUCUUGGUUUGGCAUGUCAGACAUCCAUGACUACACUGCGGCAAUUAGUAGAAUUAUUGUCUUCAGAGUCUGAAAACUAUUAUGGGCUACUCAGAAGGCAUCCUGCACUGAACUGUACAAAGAUGCAAGGACAACAGGCAGCCUGGAACUUUUACAUUGUGAAAGACAGCAUAGCCAGUCUUAUUUCCACGGCUCCUGCCACAGCCUAAAACUGAGGCUAGCAGUAUGUGUAAAUAAAGAAUAACGUUUUAAAAAAGUCCGCUAUUAUGAUUUUGUUAAUCAGUGGCUCAAUUGGAAAAGUUGAGGCAAUUUAAGUUGUUUUCCAGUGCAAUUAUGGCCAUCUCAGUAAGAUAACUCAAAUAUCUCAACUCGUCUAUCUCUAACCUUUCAUGGAAGAGUGUUGCGUACAAGAAACAAGCAAAAGAAAAGAUUUUUUGAUUGCCCAGUUUUGGUUUUGAGUAUGGUGUUUCUGGCUAAGUAACAUUGAAUGAUGAGCAGCAAGCAUCAUUGGUUAGUUUAGAGUGGGAACAUAGGAUGACAAAGUUUGGCGCAUGAAGCGUUCUUUUGAAAGCACAGUCAGAGGAGAUAGCCCGACACAAAAUCCCCGGCUACAGUGAUAUAUUGCAAGUAUUGAAGAAGAAAUGCCAUGUACACCUCUGUUUCAUAUCCCAAGAGAACUGUCCGUGCAACUUCCACAUGGGUCCAUAGGUGGUUUGGGGCAAAGCCUACAGGCAUCAAACCUAUUACUGAAAACGUUUCCCCCAAAUGUCUCUUUUCGCUUUAUGUCCUUACUCUGUGUACUUCACACAUUUCAAUGAAAAACAAACAUUUCCUUCCGGUAUUUUUUAUGCCUUAUCAUUAAAGGGUCAAGGAUUUCUUAACCCUUAGUUGAAACACCUGGCAUGUACUUGAGUUAUUUUCAUGAAAGGAAAUUCAUUGUUUUCACCUGCUAGUUGCUGGCAUCAUUGACUGUGAUUUAUGUUGGUUAUUCAGUUUGCAAGAGGCCUAGAUGUCCUCAAACAGCUAGCCCAAAGUUUGUAAGCUUUGUCAGGGCCUACAUUUUAACCUGAUGAAUGGCACCUAGAGCUUGAAAUGUACAUAUACUAUGAAGUGGGCUUGACGAAGUACAGUCAAACCUCGAUAUAUCGAACAGCUUGGUGAUAGCGAAAUAGUUCGAUAUAGCCAGAAUUCCAUAUAUAAAAUCACCUAAAAAACACGUAAAGAACUUCUGCAUAUCAAUCAAUGAACCAAGGACUAACCAAACCAAUGAACCAACUUCUGUUAACCAAUCAAUGAACCAGUGGCGCCGCACACCAUUGGCCUAGGCCACGCCGACUUCAUCAGCGGCGUGAAGUCAGGGCGGCCUCGGCCAAACGCGCGCAGUGCAGCCGAACCCGCGCUCCGAACAAUGUUCCCCGAUCGCACCCCAAUCGUGGCGCAGGUAAUACGCAUUUGAAGCUUCACACAAAGCAUUCAUUUAUUUGAUUGAAGGUACUACAGCAGUGUAGCCUGCUUCUUAUUGGCAGCCACAUGCUUAAACACGGUGCUCUCUUCAACAUUGUCAAAACAAUCCCAAACGAUUGGCCGGCUAUUGCGCCGCAGUAGCAGCAUAGAAGGGCCAAAGCAGCUACAGCCUCAGUUGAAGUCGGGAGCGGGGCAACAUCAGCACUUGCGGGAUCAACCUUGGCAGCGUCUUCGUUUGGCCUCUACUUCUACUGCGAUCUCCCAGUCCGUUAAUCAAAGCAUUUUGAAACACUGUCAACAACAAAGCUUAAAAUGGCAUCUUCCAAGGCGUGUAGAGUGAGCCCAGUGAGCAUGCGCUGUCGUGCGCCUUUGUGGAUGCAAACCACCAGUCCUCGCGAGUUGCGGCAGGCGCAGAGUGCGGCACCGAGGUGGAGUCACUGCGGCAAAUGCAGUGCAUCUAUGAGUGCGUCGUUGACGUUGUCAAACUAGACAAGCCAGCACGAUCGCAGCAGCAGCAACGGCCAUUGUGCCAUUGCUAUCUUCGAGGGUGUUGUGCGAAAGCUCAUAGUCUGUCAAAAGAGCCCGUGUGGUGUGGGGUGGCAGAGUUAGGCAUAUCCAUUUUAUGUCCGACCCCAUUAGAAAUAAAAAAUAAAAGUGCAUGUGAUUUUCCAGGUGAUAUAGAAAGUGUUCAAUAUAAUGAACACUUUCGAGAUAGCGAGGUUUGACUGUACAUGAUAGUCCUUAUUGAUCGCUGUAAGAAAGAAUUCAAAGCACCAUUGCUGUUGUUGCACACUUUAAACCUUUUAUGUACUUGGAUGUUUUGGCAAAAGCUGAUGCUUGUUUACAGGCAGCUGAUGUACAGCCAGAUUGUCAUGCCAGUGUUGUUUCAGAGAUGUUUUACUGAGAAGGCACUGUUUAGAGCACCUUCAUGUUUCGAUGUCAUGCAACCAACGUUCUGUUAUGCACCUUCAUUUGUUCUCUCUCUCUACAUAUAUGUUUUUCUUUUCUUUUUCGGUACCAAAACAUACACUUGUGUACUGCUUCCAGAGUUAGCACUAUGCUCAAGGUUCAUCAUUUCCCAGCUAAUGUGUUCUGUCGCAUGAACAAUGGGAUGUGGGCUACACAAAUGUAGGCGACGGUUUGUCGUGUAGCUUGCUGACUCGCAAAGCAAGCUACCUUGUCUUAAUUUUGGUGGAACAGCAAUUCUACAUGUUUUUUCCAUCGCAUCACACCACAAUUCUUUUCUCUUUCUUACUUUUGUAUAUACAAGUGGCACCGUUCAAGAUCUGUCAUGAGUGUUAGUCCAAACAUUGCUCUUGUUCAAAGGUCAUUGUAGUCAUUGUAAAUAAAAUUUCAUAUAAAACACACUG